AUGAUACGGCGGCGUAUACGGGACCGGCGGCGGUACCUGUACUCCAAGAGCGUCGAGGCCUCCCAGCGGGCGCUGUUCGAGAAGAAGGGCCGCAUCCGGGCGGUGCUCGAGGAGGGCAAUCCCAUCCCCACCGAGCUCCGCAACGAGGAGCACGAGCUGCGGAGGCAGAUCGACCUCGAGGACCAGGAGCCUCGAGUUCCUAAGAGCAUGGUCGAUAACGAGUACGCUACUGCCUCAGUUAGGGAGCCCAAGGUACUCUUGACCACGUCUCGCAAUCCCAGCGCCGCCCUAACUCAGUUUGUUAAGAAGCUGAAGGUUGUCUUCCCCAUGUCACAAAGAAUGAACCGUGGUGGCCAGGUUAUAUCAGAAAUCGUUGAGUCAUGCCGGUUGCAUGAUAUCACUGAUCUUAUUUUGGUGCAUGAACAUCGUGGUCAACCUGAUGGUUUGAUCGUCUCCCAUCUACCGAAUGGUCCAACUGCAUACUUUGGGUUGCUCAAUGUGGUAGGUGACACGGCAUGA